AUGGCUGAUGCGCUCCAGUACGAAAUUCACGAGAAGCGAUCCGUCUACCCCAACUGGAACCGCGUUGGCAGGCUGGACAAGCGCACGCAACUCCCCAUGCGCAUCGCGCUGAAGCAAUCCAACAUGGAGAAUCUCGAUGCUUUGCUCAGCGCUGUGAGCGACCCCAACUCUGAGCAGUACGGCAAGCACUGGACGCCAGAGCAGGUUCACGAGCACUUUGCGCCCUCUGACGAGACGGUCAAUGUAGUCAAGAGCUGGCUCCAGUCUCACGGUUCUAUCGAUGCCUCGCGCAUUCGUCAGAGCGCCUCCAAGGGCUGGCUCGAACUGCACGUUUCGGUCGCUGAAGCCGAGAGACUGCUAAACACCGAGUACCACGGUUGGGUUCACGCGUCUUCAGCAGGACGCGCAGCAGCGGACAUCAAGGUGCACCCUGCGGUCAUGAAUGCGUACUCUCUUCCUUCCCACAUUCGUGAGCACGUCGACUUCAUUACACCUACGCUGCACUUUGACGUGCGUCCCGACCUCGAGAAGAGGGACCCGUCCGAGAACUUGGACAGCAUCUUGGAGAAGCGUGCCAACGGCCAUGCGGUUAGACCCAUCGGUGCCCCUGGCUCAGGCUCGCUGCCAAAAGUUCGUCCCAUUCCCCAGAGCGCUUUUCCGCUGAUUGACGAGCUCAAGGACUGCUCUAACAACGUCACACCCAACUGUCUUCGAGCUCUGUACAAGUUCCCCGCUCUUCCUUCCUUCACCCCCAUUAACCCCAAGAACGGUCUGGGAAUUGUCGAGUACACCCCUCAGUCGUACAUCGACACCGACCUUGACCUGUUCUUUGGAAACUACAGCAAGAAUCAAGUGCAGAAGCGACCCAAGCUCGAAUCCAUCUCGGGCGGCAAGGUCGACUUCAACAACAAAAACGUUGACCUCAAUGCCGAGUCCAACUUGGACCUCGAGUACGGCAUGGCUCUGGUGAACCCUAUCCCAGUUACGCUGUACCAAGUCGGCGAAGGCCAAGCAGCCGACUCCUUCAACAACUUCCUGGAUGCUUUCGAUGCUUCCUACUGUGCUGGUGAUGAUCCCGUGCAAGAUGGAGUCUACCCUGACCCCAAGACCGGUGUCCAGAAGACUUGCGGAACUCUGAAGGCCUUGCCUACCAUUUCCACUUCUUACGGCUACAACGAGGCUGAUCUUACCCCCGAGUAUGAGGUUCGUCAGUGCAACGAGUAUGCCAAGCUCGGUCUGCAGGGCUCCACUUUCCUCUACUCGUCGGGAGACUACGGAGUCGCUGGUAACGGCGGACAGUGCAUCGAUCCAAACACUGGGGACUACACGGCUGGAACGACCAAGGGAGACAAAUUCAACCCUUCCUUCCCCGGUGGCUGCCCUUACGUUCUCUCCAUUGGAGCGACCCAAAUCACCCUGAACCAGACCGUUCUCGCCCCAGAGACUGCUUGCAACUCCGUCAUCUACUCUGGCGGUGGUUUCUCCAACGUCUUUGGCCUUCCAGACUACCAGAGCAGCGCCGUCAAGUCCUGGUUCGCCACUGCACCUCAAGCCAAGGCCUACAGCUCGAUCCAGUACAACAACAGCCAAAAGACUCGCGGUUUCCCCGACGUCUCUGCCAACGGUGCUCGUUACGUGGUUGCGCUCGACGGAUCGUACAAGUACCACCUGUACGGUACCUCUGCCUCGGCGCCCACCUUCGCCUCUAUCCUGACGCUCAUCAACGAAGCUCGCUUCGCCAUCGGCAAGGGUUCCGUCGGAUUCGUCAACCCGGUGCUGUACAAGAACCCUUAUCUGCUGACCGACAUCACCAACGGUACCAACCCUGGUUGCGGAACAGAGGGCUUCGCUGCAGUCAAGGGAUGGGACCCCGUCACUGGUCUCGGAACGCCAGACUACCCCAAGCUGCUCGCUUACUUCCUUGCUCAUUGA